AUGAGCUCACUCUCAGACUACUCCUCACUCGAAUUAACCGAGUUGAGAAUUAUGUUAUUACGCCUGAAUUACGCUAAUGUGGCCAUAGCAUGUGUCUUGGUGUACGACUACUUGAUCACGAUCUCGAGCGAGGUCACUUAUCUGUUCCAUGGACGAUGGUGCAUGAUUAAAUUCCUCUACUUGAUCUGUCGUUAUCUCCCGUUUGUCUUCGUGACUUUGGGGAUGAUCAUGUGGGUACAACCCGCUUCAUCACAGACCGUAUCUCUGUGCCAGAUAUUUUAUACUCUGAACACUUACAUCGGUGGUGUAAUAUUGGUCUGCGCGGAAUGUAUAUUCGUAGCACGUACAUGUGUACUUUGGGGAAACAAACGAUCGAUUGUCCUAUUUUUUACGAUCAGUACAGCACUCUAUAUCAUAUUGGGUAUCGUGAUCAUGAACAUGCAUACGUCGUCAACGAUAAUGAUGAUGUUACCGAUACCCUCUGUAAGCUGCUUUGAUUUCGGGGGGAAUGACGUCAUCGUCGCGGCAUAUAGUCUCCUUAUUCUUGCAGAAUUGCAAAUCGUGUUAUUUUCCCUAUACAAAGCCACCAAAAGUUUGAAAAAGUGGGGUGGCGAGAACCGAUUGCUCGAGAUUCUCAUCGAGCACAACAUAUUCUACUUUGCUUGUGGAUUGUGUUCUUCUGCUCUUGUCAUCUUAACGACGGCCCUAAUGCAGGUGAGAGCUUCCUCUUUACUGGAAAUCUGUGUUGACGUGACAUCCCAAGGCAUCGUAUGGUAA